CGGAUGUUGCACUGGAAUCUUCACCUAAGAAACUUGACUUCCUGUAUCGGUGAAGGGUGGGACAGCGGAAGCAGCAGCUCGAAGCGUUGACAUUAUACAUUUUGCCUGCCACAUCUGGGACAUAUUUUACCAGAAUGCCGGCUUACCACUCAAACCUGAUGGAUGCAGACACCAAACUGGUGGGGAAUAUGGCAUUACUGCCCCUCAAAACACAGUUUAAGGGGCCUGCUCCUAAAGAAACCAAAGACACAGAUAUUAUCGAAGAGGCCAUCUACUACUUCAAAGCCAAUGUUUUCUUUAAGAACUAUGAAAUUAAGAAUGAGGCUGACCGAACUUUGAUCUACAUCACUCUUUACAUCUCUGAAUGCCUCAAGAAGCUCCAAAAGUGUAGUUCAAGGGGCCAAGGAGAGAAAGAGAUGUAUACACUGGGAAUCACCAGCUUACCUAUCCCUGGAGAACCUGGCUUUCCCCUGAAUGCCAUGUAUGCUAAACCCUCCAAUAAACAGGAGGAAGAAACAAUGAGGGCUUACCUGCAGCAAAUUCGACAGGAGACAGGACUGAGAUUGUGUGACCGUGUAUUUGACCCUCAGACAGACAAACCUAGCAAAUGGUGGGUGUGCUUUGUAAAGAAACAGUUCAUGAACAAAAGUCUGUCUGCACCUGGCCAGUAAGAAAUAUCUCCGGAUCUCUCUUGGUACUCCUAUGUGGGAUGCGAAUGCCAUUUUUUUUGUCUUUUUUUUUUUUUUCUUCAAUGUGUGUGUGAAUGUGUUUACCCAGAUUCUGUAGAAGAAUUUUUUUUACUGGUGACAUCAAACAUAUUUGAUUUCUGACCUGUCUUGCAUCAUGUAAAGCAGAAGCAGAUAAAAUAAAAUCUAUUAAA